AUGUACCGCGGUCCAGGCUUUAAACAAUUUCACCCUGUUCUUGGCUCGAUGGCAGGGCAUCAAGAGAUAUGUGACGAAUGGGAUGCGCGGCAACUCAAACGGAGGCAUGGAAGUGGUCAGGCCAACAUCAUCUUUCGGUCUCGUACCGGCAUCAGAGACGCGGAUUUUGACUCUGUAAAUGCUGUGAACAAUCAGAAUGGCGGCACAACAAGCCUUAGUGAUCGAAAUUCUUAUCAGCUGGAUCGAAAACAGGAGCAGCAUUGUCUGGAGGAAGUCCUUAUGGUGUUCCCUCAGGUACAACAUGACUUUGUACGAAGUCUCUUCAAGGAGCGUCAUUGCGGCAAUACUGGCAUGCUUGUGGAGUCCCGUGCUGCAGAUUCUCACAUUGAAGCAGCCAUAAUUGCUGCAAUUGCCGAGAUGGAGUCCUUCCCCCUGCAGAAAGACCUCAAGCGAAAGCACUCGCCUACUACCCAAGAGAACGACGACGUGACUGUAAGAUGGAACAAAGAUAUACAGAAAAAUGAAGCAUACUACAAGGAAGCCUUGAUCUUGCUAGCGGAGAACUUCAAUCGGGUACCAACACAUUUCAUUUACAGGACGUUACGUGAGAAAGGCAAUCUUUAUGAUGCUUUUCAUCUUUUGGCAGAGUACGAGAACACAUCCAACGAUAGCUCACGGAAACCAUAUAGUCGGACUAAGCUUGCUCGCAGGGUACUAGAGAAGAAGUACCAACGGAAUUGCGAACCAGAAGGGCACCAGUACGUCAGUAUAGUGAACGAGCUUCAGGCUGCUAGGCAGCAACAACAUCGCCAGGAAGUUCGACGAAAGAGGCAGAAGGCUGAUGAGGAAGCUGAAGCACAAAACUUCAAGUUGCACCAGCUGCAAGGCUCGUUGGUAGACUGUCAAUGUUGUUUUAACGAAGCUCCGUUGAAUCGUAUGACGCACUGUGAAAACGACGAUACCCAUUUCUUCUGCAACAAGUGCAUUGAGCUGAGAGCUUCCGAGUUGAUUGGCGCUCAAAAAUAUGAAUUAAGCUGUAUGGACACGUCGGGUUGUGGAUCUGAGCUGUCUAAGGAAGCUCUUGCGCGAGCCCUUCCAACAAAGGUAUUCAAUAAGCUUGCUGAAAUUCAGCAGCUCGCCGAGAUCAAGGCAGCCGGCCUUGACGGACUCGAGCAGUGCCCGUUCUGCGAGUACCAGGCUGUCUGCCCACCAGUGGACACCCACACAACCUUCGAGUGCCUCAAUCCUGAUUGUGAAAAGGUGAGCUGCCGAAAAUGUAACGGAGAGUCCCACGUGCCUAUAUCCUGUGAAGAAGCCAAGAAAGACAGAGGAUUAUCUGCUCGCCAUGCCGUGGAAGAAGCUCGCAGUGAAGCAAUGAUGAGAACCUGUCCAAGGUGCAAAGUCAAAAUAGUCAAGUCAGCUGGCUGCAACAAGAUAGUUUGCAGCAGCUGCCGAGCCGUGUCGUGUUAUGUUUGCCGCAAAGAUAUCACUGGCAAAAACUACGAGCAUUUUGGUUCGGGCUCGGCUCGGUGCCCUGUUCAGGACCAAUCACCUGAGGACAGGCAUCAGCAAGAGGCAGACAAAGCCGAAAAGGCCGCUAUUGCGGCUGCAAAGGCUCAGGAUGCGGGUAUAAAUGAAGAAGAUUUGAGAAUUGAAGCGCAUCUCAAUAAAGGGGCCAGUCGAGAACAGGAGAUACCCGGUCGUCUCGGCCUUCAUGCAGCCCUUCAUCUUCCUGCUUUACCACAAUUCCAUCUGAUGGGCGUCCCUCAGCAUCAUCUGCUUGUGGGAGAUCAAGGAGUUGGACCGCUGAUUGCUGAACAUGAAAUGAACAACUUCCAUCAGCUGCUUCAACAAGCCCAUCAACAACAACAUCGAGUCAGAGAGAUGCUAGAGAUUCAGCAGCAACACUUACGUAGGCUACAACCAUUUCUUCCUACGCCAAUGGCGGCACCUGUGCCUAACCCACCUAGGGCCGAUCGGGUUGUUGUUCCUCCUAUACGUCGAGCUGGCCAAUAUCUUCAAUAUGCGUAUCCGAGACCGGCUGUGGGUGCAGCGCCGGCCCAAGCACCACUAAAUGCACUAAACGGGGAAGUCAAUGCUGGGUUGGCUGAUCGCGCUCAAGAUGUCUUCCAGCAGGACCUGAGAUAUACUGAUAGAAGAAACCACAACCAUCAUCUUCAGCGUGUUGGAGAUGACUUCCCAGGCUAUCCUCAAACGCCUUUGCUCCAAGAUGACCUCCGCAAUCUGCCCCUGUGGGCACAACAUCCCAACGAUGGCCCAAAUCUCCCCGAUUUAGGUUCUACCCAGGCACAAGAGCAACCGAACCAAGCUUAA